AUGCCAUUUGAUAAGGAGAGAAUUAUUACAGAAUUACUACAAGAAAUAGUUGAUGAAUGGAACAAAAUAGUAAUACCAAACAAAUGCAAAACCAUUGCUUACUAUUGUGACCUAUUUUGUAAAAUGGAUCUUUAUAUAGAAAGUUUCCUUACAUCCUACUAUCCAUUUGACUACCAACAAUCACCAUAUUUCGAAAUUAUUUACACAAUGCAUUUAAUACAGUCAGUUGCUUUAAUCGCUACUGAUUCGCUAAGUAAAACUCUUCUAAUAGUUUAUAAUAAUAGCGGUAAUUACCACAAUUUAAAAAUGGUUAUAGUCGAACAUGUGAAAAUUUCAACAUUAGUUAAAAAAAUUGAUAAUUGCUACACUUACGUAUCUCUGCUACAAAUUGGAAUCAAUAAUAUUAUUAUCGCCAUUUCAGCUUUCACUAUUUUAACAUUAAUGAAAUUAAUUACUUUUACUAUGAUUAUACUAUCACAAACUGUAACAUUUUGCCUUAUCGGAGAUUUUCUUGAAUCUGAAGGCAAUUCAAUAGCAAAUGCUUUGUACAAUGGUGUUUGGUAUAAUGUUAAACCUACCGAAAUUAAAGUAAUAGCAUUUAUAAUAGAAUAUUCCCAAAAUCCCUUAUUAUUGACUGGAGGAAAGUUCUUUAAGAUAUCUAUAAGCAGUUGUCUUCGGAGUUCGCGAUGCAAGAAUUAA